AUGGCCAAAUUGAGUAGCGUCACAGCACGCGCCCUCAGUUCCCUAGUUGUGCUGUUUACGAGUUCCACCCUUGCCGCUUACAAUUCGCUCUGGUCACCGUCGCAAAGCGGUGAAGUAGUUGGAUACUCACGAGUAAUUCAGCUCCAGCAUGCAGGCGACGCAAAUGGCAAGCUCCUUGCUACUUUUGAACACUCGCACGCUGACAACUCACCGAGUCAUUAUAUCAUUCGGGAGAGCACCGAUAAUGGCACAACAUGGGAUACAUUGACAACUGUGGUCGCCUCUGGUGACGCUCCAACGGUACAUUACUACCAGCCUUUCCUGUUCGAGUUCCCCCAGCAGCUUGGGAAGUAUGCCGCAAGUACCAUCCUCUUGGUAGGAAAUUUGGUGAACGCGAGUGUCAGCGACUUCUAUUCCUGGCGAUCCACGGACCAUGGCAAAACAUGGGAUCAGAUUGGCGUCUGGCAGCGGGGUUGGCCUGACAAGAACAUCAAUAAAACUCACGGUAUUUGGGAACCAUUCUUGUUCUUGGAUAGCCAGAGCAAUCUCGUGGCUGUCUUUUCAGAUGAACACGAGAACAAAGUACAUUCUCAAAAGCUAGUCCGAGUUAUCUCGAAAGACGGUGGUGACAACUGGGACAAUGCCACAGAUAUUGUGGUUGGCUCUGAGCAGACUUUCCGACCUGGAAUGGCGACCGUCGCCAAGAUGGGUAAUGGAGACUAUUUUAUGAGUUAUGAGUGGUGUGAUUCCAGAAACUAUCCAACUACUUGCCCGGUUCAUGGGAAGACAUCCAAAGAUGGGAUUACAUGGGAUGCAAGUGACGAGGGAGUGCUUGUUUCUUCCCCUGAUGGUGUUGGAGCGUACGACAGCCCAUAUAGUAUCUGGGAUCCCAUAGGGAAGCAGUUGAUUGUAUCUAGCUUCUCAAAACGGCGUCCAUCCAAUGCUCCCUACUUCAAAAAGCCCCCUCACCUCCUAGAAGACCGGCAUACCGUCCACAUCAACCUGCAAUACGGCACUGGUGACUGGCAUUGGGCAUCAGCACCUUGGUAUGCUCCAAGUUCAAAGAAUUGCACCUCUAAUUACAGUCCCAACAUGUUACAACUGCCAAAUGGAACGAUUUUGUAUUCAGCAAGGGCACCGGCCAACAUCCAAGGCGAACCAUGUGAAGAGAGUACUGGCGCAGCAGCUAUCGGAAUCCUACCAUACAGAUCUGACUUUCCAGUCACUGGCGAUGCUGGGUGGAUUGACUUCGACCAGAUAUGGUCCGUUGCAGGUGACCAGUACAAGCUUCCGCAACCAGGCAGUGAACAAGGCACGAUAGUUCUCACAGGUUCGUCGGGAUGGACAAACUAUGAGAUCAGUGCAGAUGCCAUCGUGACGAGUUCACCUGGUGUAGUGGGUCUCGUGGCGCGAGCAACUCAUCUUGACAAUGCUCCCAAAGGCAUCACACGAUAUACAGCUGCAAUCGAUAGCAACCAUGGCAGUUUUACCUUGUACAAAGUAGGUGAUAAAGGAGCAACUACCUUGAGCUCAAAGCCUGUUCCUGGUGGCAUCCAGGCCAAUCAAAAAUAUCAUCUAUCCCUCUCAGUUAAGUCUGCCACCAUUUCUGCCACCGUGACCGGAAGUGGAGGGGCGAAGACGAACUUGUCAGUCACUGACGAUAGCUUGGGACGGGGUAUGGCGGGAUUGUUUGGCAGCUAUGGCAGUGGCGGUUUCAGCAAUAUUCAAAUUCAAAGUGCCGCUUGA